AUGCGUUUGCGAAGAAUUACUCUAAGUUAUUGUUAUUGGGAUAAUAACAAAUGCAUCGACAUAUAAGACUGUUCAAUAGAAUCACCAAUUGAUUGUCCAUAUGAUACAAAUUGUGCCUAUUUGGAAGGAAAAUGCACUAAAUUCACUAGUUGCGAUAAUUAUGUCGGUGAUAAGAGUUCAUGCGAAGCCAUUUCAAUUUUAUGUACGUCAUUGGAUGGAAAAAAAUGCUAAAACAAGGUUAUUCCAAGUUGUUCUGAUUAUAAUGAGGAGGAUUGCAAUUAUCAGGAAGGAAAAGAGGGAGAAUGUGGAUUUAUUGGUGACAAGUGUUAGGUUAUAAAAUAAUGCAGCGACAUUGAUUAGAUCAAAGGGGAAUUUGAAUUCAUGAAAUGCAUCUUAAAUAUACAUUCAUGCAAGGUGUCCAGCUCCAAAUGUGUCCAAAAGAAAUGCUCAGAUUUAACCGAUUCAAGUAGUUGUUAGUACAUUCACGCAUUCGAUCCAUUUGACCAUCCUUAAUCUGUAUAAUUAUGUAAGUGGGAAGACAGUCGUUGUGUUGAGGCAAUGCCAAACGAUUUAAAUGAAGCAACUUGUUUCAUUGACACUCAGUAUUCAUACCUUUGGAAUCCCAAUUCAAAGACUUGUUAAAAAUGCAAUGGUCCCCCCAGUCCACCAAAUCCAGAUAAUUUUGGAGUCAUCAUAAGGGUUGCCAUAAUGAUAUUUGUAAUUUCAUAAUGA